AUGGCCUCAGCAUUACGACCUUCUGUGGCAGAAUGCUGUCGCACAGUUUUCGCUGCGUUUUUAUGGCAUGAACACCUUGUUAAGGAUGCUAUGGCUGCGGCAGCCUACCUGAAGUUCCAUCAACAGAACCUGCAAAAUUUGUGGAGUAACUCGGAUGCUCGUGAGACAGCAGCUCCUGCUGCCUUACAGCCUAUCGUUCGUUUAUGGAUUGAAGUGUGCACUGCCGUUAGAACCAGUGUUGAUCAACACCUU